UCUCUCUCUCUCUCUCUCUCUUCCUUCACUUUCUCUCACUUUCUUUUUUGUGUUGACAGUGCCUGUGGCAGAUUUUUCUUUUUCCCCUUCCCUCUGAGCUAGAAAAGAAACAGGGGAGGGUGGGGGGGUUUUCGAGUGGCGAAAAGCUCGAAUUCGAUGGAGUGUUCCGUGGAAAGAUUUUUGAAAAUGGAGGAGAGAUCAACAAAAGCAGAGCAGAAUCUGAAAUGGGUUCGCAAUUUGUUCUGCUAGAGGCCUAAAGAUAGGAAAUAGAUUCCGGGUUUUCUCUUAACAAGAGAAACCUUGGAGGUAGAGAGAUAAGAAAUAGAUUCCGGGUUGCUUAACCUGAAAAAUUUAGGCGGGACAGAGACCUCGUGCUGGCUGCUACUCUUUUGAUCGCCCAACACUGAUGGACUCAGAUGACAAGGAUAAGUUUGAGCCGGCUAAACAGAAUGAGGAUCCUAUGAACUUCAAUUCAGCUAGCAUUUCCUCGGACUGGCAAUUCUGCAGUGCAAAUCUUUCAAGCGCGCCAAUGAAUUUGGUUAGACCAGGCAAUUCAAUGGCUGUUUGUAGGGAAGAUCUGAUUGGUUCCUCUUCUUGUUCCUCUGCUCCAAUGGCAAACUCAUUUGGCCAAGCCUUAUGGGAGCACCCCUCCACCAUGGAAAACUUGGGUUUUGUUAAUAUCUGUGCCCAAAACAAUUUAAGCACUUCAAACCUUCUGGGAUUUAGUAAAGUUGCUCUUGAAUCUGUUAGAGGCGAUAUAGGAUGGAAUCCACCGAGCUCCAUGCUCAAAGGAGGCUUGUUUGUGCCAAGUGCACUCGGAACACUCCCAAUCCCAGAUGGCUUACCUCAUUUUCCCGCCGACUCUGGAUUUAUAGAGCGUGCAGCUCGUUUCUCGUGUUUUAGUGGAGGAAAUUUCAGUAGUAUGGUGAACCCUUUUGGAAUUCCUGAAAACGCUGGUCUUUACCCAAUUGCUGGGGGUUUGGUGCCCGGGCCACGGGAUAUCUUCCCGGCUGGCUCCCCAAAGCCUGUGCCUGGUGCACAAAGCGAGAAGAAUGAGAUGAACGUUGAAACUUGUAGAGAUGUUUAUUUGGCUGCUACUCAGGGAACUUCUCAAGGGAGCCCCUUAAAAAAUGAGGGUGAAAGUGAGAGCUUUGCUAGAUCUCGUGGUGAAGCAAAACAAGGUGCCACCGCUGGGUCCAGUAAUGCAUCUGAUGGAGCUGAGUUCAGUGGCGGUGGAGGUGGUGGUCAAGAUAAUCUGUCCAUGUUAGAGGGUACCGGUGGUGAAGAUUCUGCUAAGGGUUUUGACUGUAAAAAGAGGAAACGGAGUGGAGAGGAUGCCGAACUUGAUAAAGCGAAAGGGGCCCCUCAGCUUGCUGAAACCGCAAAAGAUGACGGUAGAACUCAACAGAAACUAGAAAAUAACCCCAGCUCGAACACCAGCAAGGCCACUGCAAAGAAUAAUAAACCGGGAAAUCAGGGUUCAGAUCCCCAAAAGGAAGAAUAUAUUCAUGUCAGAGCCCGAAGAGGCCAGGCAACUAAUAGCCACAGUCUUGCUGAAAGAGUGAGAAGGGAAAAGAUCAGUGAAAGGAUGAAAUUUCUCCAAGAUCUGGUACCUGGAUGCAGUAAGGUCACUGGCAAGGCAGUAAUGCUGGAUGAAAUAAUCAACUAUGUACAAUCACUUCAACGACAGGUUGAGUUUUUGUCCAUGAAACUUGCCACGGUGAAUCCAAGGCUGGAAUUUAACAUUGAAGGACUCCUGGCUAAAGAUCUUCUUCAUUCAAGAGCUGGUCCUUCAUCUACUUUGGGACUUUCGCAUGACAUGCCUAUGCCCUUUCCUCCAAUGCAUUUACCACCACCCGGACUUAUUCAAGGAGGUCCUACUGGUAUUGGGAGACCUGCUGAUCCAUUGCGGAGAGCCAUGCAGAACCAGAUGACACAAUUGGCUGGAGGUUUUAAGGAGCCUUCUCAGCUGCCACACCCAUGGGAGGAUGAGCUGAACAAUGUUGUCCAGAUGAGCUUUGUGGGGGGUGGUGGUGGUGGUGGUGGUGGUUCUGGUGCUGCCCCGAGUGGUCAAGAUGCAGAGGGGCCUCUCCCACCACCAAGUCACACAAAAGUUGAACUGUGAUGUGAUUGCAUCUAUAUAUUAUGCCAUAUAACAUCCUGUACAGCUUAUCUUACACUCAACAGCAACCACAGGAGGUGGAAGAAUUUGCUAGGCCUCCCAAUUAUGUUGGCUUCACCAUUAUAUUGUCCCAUAUUGGAGGAUCAAGCUUUUGAUGUCGCCUCACGCAAAACAAUGGAGGAUCACUAUGUAGUUCGAGCAUACGACCUCUAGCAGAUUGUCGGUGAAGUGGUUUCCGAUACUUAGCCCCACAAAUUGCAUCAAGUUUUUGAUUAUUCGUAAGAUUGGGUUAGUCCUACAUUGAUGCAAUGAUACUUGCCGUCGGGGGCCAGGGAGUGGAUUCGGAGAGGUUGUGGUUUGAUCUUCUGAUGACGUGGGGAGAAUCAGGACUUUUAACUGGGGGGCUUCUCUUCUCCUCGGUAACAACGCUAAAUUUAGUGAGCCGCGGCAAAUUCUACGAGAUUGCUAUGCAAAUCAUGCCCAUCUUGGCAAUUCUUAAAUGAUGAUAUAUAUGAGAUGAGAGAUGCAUUCUGAUU